AUGGCUUUUGUUGUUGUAACUUCUGUACUGGGAAUAGUGGAUCAACACCUUUCUCAUCCCAAUCCAUCUUUGAACAAUAUUCUUGAUGAUGAUACACACCUUGUCUUGUUGUUAUCCGAGAAGCUCCGCUUUCUUCAACACUUUCUUGAGACACAGACUGUUAAUCAAAGUCUGGAUGCAGAAAUAAGAGAUGUAGCUGCUGAAGCAGAAGCUGAAAUCGAAUCAAAACUCAGAGAGUUUUAUUUGGCUUCUACCAACCAAGAUGAAGCUUGCCAUGGGCUUCACCAGACCUUGCAGAAAGUAGUAAAGAAUGUUGAGGCUCUUCAUCUCCAGAUUGAGAAGGAAAGCAGAUCUACCAAAGAUCAGUCACAGUCACAUGGCAGUUCAUCUCCAGAAGCUUUGAAGUUAGAAAACAAACGGCCUGCUGGCGGUUCCACUUCCACCCAUCAUCAUGAUUCAGAGCCUGAGAAUCAAAUGGUGGGAUGUGAUGAUGAGUUUCGGAAAAUAAAGAACAUGAUCAUUGGUCAACAGUCUUCUGAGGAACUAGAAGUGAUCCCAGUUACAGGUAUGGGAGGCAUCGGGAAGACUACUCUAGCAAAAAAGGUCUAUGAUGAUCCCGAUAUUAAGUCAAAGUUUUACAUUCGGGCAUGGGCAGUUAUAUCUCAAGAACCUGAUAUGAAGCGGAUACUCAUUAGCCUUUUAGCUUGCAUUUUACCAUCCACCAAUGAACUCUACAACAAAGAACUUGCUCAGCUAGCAGACCAGUUGCGCAAACUUUUGUUGGGUCAAAGGUAUUUGAUUAAAAUUACAGCCGAAGUCGAAUCCUGA